GCUUUCAGCAUUGGGAAGUGAGAGAGUGAUGUUAUGUUAUUUUCAGUGACAAGUGCAAGGAAUUUUUGGAGAAAAUGUGUGAUUUCGGUUGAAGAAUUUAAAAUUAAAUAAAAAAUGAUGCUCUUUCAUGAGUGCAAUGUUUCAGCAUUAGUUUGUGCAGUUAGCAGUUAACCGCAAUGUAUCUAUUUCAACAUCUGCAUAGGUCAGGGAAAUAUAAAAUGGAGACCAAUUUAUGGAUAUUUGUGUUUGGAAUACUGCAUUCCAUUCAGUCACUUUGUGAUGCCAAAAUAGUCAGGAGCUUUCAAGUUCCACAAAGUGCACCUGUUGGAUAUGAAAUAACAAAACUAACAAAAAUAGAAGCACCUCAUGUAAUUGAGUCAUGUUAUGGAGAUACACAAAAUUUUUUCAACGUGCAAGAAAAUGGUGCUGUAGUUACCAAAGAUAAACUCCACAGUUUAGUUGGUGAGUCGCAAGUGUUGGUUGUGAAGAACGGAAUAAAUGAUAACGUUUUGGAAUCAUUACAUAUCAGUAUAGUACAAUCAUCGCAAAAUCAUCUAGUCUUUCAACAACCCAAGUACAUUGGCACCAUCAAAGAGAAUGAGAAUGUAGGUCAACAUGUGAAAAUCAUCGGUCAUUUGAUAGUGCUAGGCUGUGAAAAUGUUACAUAUUCAUUGUUAAAUGGAAGUGAAAGUUUUAGUGUUCAAACUGUCUUCUAUGGAUCAACUCAUGAUAAUAUCAUUACCUCUCUAAAAUCAUUCAACAGAGAAUUUCAGGAUGUAUAUCUUGUUAGGCUUGAGGGAAAGUGUUCAAGUGGAAAGAGUGCUUCAACUUUUAUAGAGAUUCAUAUACUAGAUAAAAAUGAUGUUAUUCCAAAAUUCAAAUUGUCAGUUCAGUCUGUUCAAACAUCAUCUGACCAGUCAUGGGGUAAAAUCACAACAGUUAAAGCAUUUGAUGGGGACCAAAAUGAUCGCAUUACAUACACAUUGACAGGAAGUACAGAAUUCUAUGUUGACCAGGAAACGGGUGAUGUGUACUCCGAAAGUGAUUAUCUCUAUCCAGGAAGCUACAAUGUUAAUAUCUUUGCCACAGAUUCUGCAGAGCAUGUUAGUGAGCCAUUGUCACUUUGCAUCAAGGUUCAGAGUAAUACUCUCACAUUCAUGCCUAAACAUAGCAAUGGUCACCAUCUUACAAAAAGGGCAACUCUGACUAUAAAAAGGCAGUUUGAUAUAGUAGAAAACAGCACAAUAUCCUCCUCACUUUUUACAGUUGCCUCUGUCCAACCGCGACCACAAGCCGAGAGAUACAAGCAAAUAUCGGCAAGUGUUGAUAUAUUUGAUGAACCGGAUUACAAUGGUCAGGUGUAUCUGAAACCAGGAAGAAGUUUAGACUAUGAGGACAUGAAUCAUCGUCAGAUUGUUCUCAUAUAUAACAGAACUAAUCUGAACACACCUGAAGAUCACACAAUUGUUGAAGUUACGAUUCGUGUACAAGAUAAGAACGAUGAGAAACCGGUAUUUCGGAACAAACCUGUACCAUUCUUGGCAACGGUCUCCACGAACCCUGGUCUUGGCGAGAACGUGUACACCCUAUAUGCGUAUGAUCCUGACCAAAACUCUCGGCUCAAGUAUAACCUUGAAUCAGGAGGUGAAGGAAAGUUUAGAAUCAACACGGAGGAAGACCUAGAUACUGGGGACAUUGUUGGUAAAAUUGUCACAACUGUCAGUGGGCCGGGUCAGUUUUCAAAUGGAGUUGAGUUCACAUUGGUAGUGUCAGCCCAGGACAUGGCUGCUGGAUUGUCACCACCACAGAAAUCUGACUUCGCUAUUGUAAAGGUUCUAGUGGGUCUGAGACCACCACAGCUGUUUGAGAAUCCCUUCAAGGCUAAAGUUUAUGAAAAAAGUGGACCUGGAAGCAAAAUUUUAGACAUGGACAAUAACUUUUUGCGGAUUCAUUUGAAACUUUUUCAAGAUUCAGUCCAAAAUAAAACAACAUUCAACUUGACAGAGGCUAGCGGCAGGUUGUCAGGAUUGUUCAGCAUUACAAGUGCAGGUUACGUCGAGACGCUACAGGACCUCGACUAUGAGGAGCUUCCAAACCAGUACACACUAAAUGUCACAGCAACGGAAGAAGAAACUGGGCUGUCAAGUACUUCACAGUUGAUAAUAGAUGUAGAGGAUGUGAAUGACAACAGCCCCAAGUUCCAGCUGUCCACCUACACCUUUGUAUUGUCUGAGAGUACACCUAUAGGAGGCCCUGCUAUACCCUUACAAGUGACAGCUACAGACAGAGAUUUUGGAGUAAAUCGAGAGAUCGAAUAUUUUGUCAGUGACAGUCAUUUCACUGUACGGACUGUUUAUAUCAACAACCAGUACAUAGGACAAAUUACUGUUGCUAAGAAAUUGGACUUUGAUUUCCGCAUUGAUCAUCAGUACAAGUUUAAUGUGACAGCUAGAGAUAAAGGAGAGAUACCGAGGUCUGGUAUGGCUUCCGUUAUCGUGUAUGUUACCAACGUGAAUGAUGAGGCUCCGGUGUUUGGGAUCGGAAGUGAUCAUCUGCUGACUAAGAUCAGUGAAGAGCAGACUGCGGGAAGUGUUGUCACGAUUAUACAGGCUACAGAUGAUGAUGGUGAUAACAUCAAAUACUAUUUUACACCUAUGCAAGUAGAAAGCCCACCAUUUCGCAUUGAUCCAGACUCGGGUUUGAUAACAUUGACUAGCAGUCUUCCUGAGUCUGUUCCUUUCUACACGUUGAACAUCACAGCGUACGAUGACGGCUCUUGCUGUGGAGAGGCCAAGUCGCUGUCCAGUGAUACAUUUAUUAUCGUGGAAAUCAAAGAUACAAACAACAACCAGCCACAGUUCCCCAGCUGUAAUUAUGCCCCAGAAGUGUUGGAAAAUCAGGAUAUAGGAACUUUUGUUGUACAGGUAACUGCCAUUGACAAUGACAGAGGAAACAAUGGUAAUGUAACAUACUCUAUUGUUACAUCACCACGGCAACCAAAACAAUUUGAAGUUGAUCCAACGAAUGGACGUGUAGUAACAGCAGUACGGUUUGACCGUGAAGCACUCACAGGUAUUCGCAGCAUCCCUGUUACUGUAAAAGCUGCUGACCAGGGGGAGCCUCAGUCACUGGAUUCACAUUGCACGUUCUGGGUACAGAUUGGUGACGUCAACGAUAAUUCUCCAGCCUUUGACUCUCCAUCUUAUGCUACAUCAAUAAGUGAGUCAUCAGCCACCGUAGGGCGGAGGAUUUUUGCUGUGCGUGCAGCAGACCGGGAUGAAGGGGAAAAUGCAAAUGUUGUUUAUACAUUGACAGAUAAUCCUGGCAGUUUUUUCAGAGUGGAGUCAGACACUGGUAUUAUAUACCUGGAGAAAGGAUUACAUGGGAGGGAUUCUGUGAUUCUGAGGGUGAAGGCAGAAGACCAGGGAGACCCACCACUGAGUGCAUUUAGCUCUGUUACCAUUAGUGUCACGGACCGCACCAACAACCCACCUACCUGGAACAGUGAUAACUAUGAGCGAGAAUACACAGUGAAAGAGACGGCACCUAUCCCAUACACUAUAGCAACAAUGGCAGCAGCUUCAAACACUCCCGCACCUUUUGAUGGUCUUUCAUUUGCACUGAUAGACUCAAUGGAGAACACUGUACAACAACUGGGACCAUUCAGAAUUUACCAAGAUGGCAACAGGGUCACACUUAUCCUGAAGGGACAGCUGGAUUAUAAUGUACAGAACAGAUAUGAGCUUCGUUUACGAGUUACAAACCAGGGACAAACCCCAUUGUCAGCUGAGAUUCGACCAAUCAUUGUGGUGAAGGAUAUGAACAAUGAACCUCCACAGUUCGAAGGUCUUGAUCCAACCUUGAGUAACUCAUACAGAGGUAGUGUACCGGAGAACGAGCCUCCCGGAAAGACAGUGUUACAGAUCAAAGCUGUUGACCCUGAUCAUGAUCCACCCAAUAAUGAGGUGAGCUACAGUUUGAUGGAAGAUCCGAAUGAUGCGUACAUGCACUUCAGUAUAGAUAGACUGACUGGGAUUAUUACAACACGAAGCCAGUUUGAUCGUGAAGAACAGGGUGUGUAUUAUAUCAAGAUCAAGGCAGUUGAUGGAGUUAACUCUGAUGCUCCAGGACAUUUCCCAGAAAAUACACCAAAUAGUGCCACUGCUCAGGUACAAGUGAUGAUCGCCGACAAAAACGACAAUCCUCCGUACUUUACCAAGGGGAGCUGGGAGAUCUCUGUACCGGAACAACGAGCUGAUAGCAAUGGAAGAAUUCUUACAGUCGUAGCGAAGGAUCUUGAUGAAGCCGACCAGCUGUCCUAUACAAUCACGGAGGGCAAUGUGAACAAUGUGUUUGGUAUCAAACAGAAGACUGGAGACAUCUAUGUGGCAAAGACCCUGGAUUAUGAAACACCACCUACAAGUUACCAACUACGUGUGAUGGUACAGGAUGGAAGAUUUGAGAAUUUCACACAAGUGUUCAUUAAUGUGACAGAUGUUAAUGACAACCCACCAGAGUUCAGUCAGAAUGUAUAUGAGAUAGUCAAUGUUGUGGAAGAAACUAUCCCUCCAUACCCAGAUGGGCAAUUUCUUGUACAGGUAUCGGCUACAGACAAAGAUGUGAGCCGUCAGAGUAACUUCAAGUUCUACAUUACUGGGGAUGGCACAAAUUCUGCUGAUCCAGUCUUCUCAAUUGAACCAGACACAGGAAAAAUAUUUCUACGCAAAAAAUUAGACAGAGACCAACCUUAUGGACGAGAAGUUUACCAGUUCAAUGUUCGAGCAGAGGAUGAACCGGACACUCCAGAGGCUCUGUCUGGUUAUGCCUAUGUUAAAGUUCUACCACUGGACAUAAAUGACAAUGCUCCUGUCUUCAGAGAGGGGGACUUGAAGGGAUCUGUACAGGAACAUUCAAGAGCAGAUCAGUCAGUGAUGACAGUGGUUGCAACAGAUCCUGAUGCAGGGCUCAACGGAACUGUCAUUUAUGAGAUUGACCGGUUUGGUAACCCACCUGCUGAUCCGAAUGGAGAACACCUGUUCAAGAUCAAUCCAGAAACAGGACUUAUACAGACGAGUGUAGCCGAUUCCCUGGACAGAGAGAAUAUAGCGCAGUACUUUGUACCUAUCGUGGCGAAGGAUCGAGGCAUUGAACAGAAGCGAACGAGUGCCACAGCAACCAUUACCAUAUUGGAUAUCAAUGAUCAGAUCCCACAGUUUGUACAGAAAAUUUAUAAAGUGAGUAUGUCUGAGAACCAGAAGUCCGGGCCAGUUGUGACGGUGUCGGCGACAGAUAAAGAUAUUGAUGAGAAUGCAAGGUUAUCAUAUACACUGAAGGAAAGUGAUAGAACAUAUUUCAGUGUGGAGGAUAUACCACCUAAUGCUGGAGUGCUAACUGUCUAUAGGGAAAUAGAUUAUGAGAAAAUCAAGUUUUUCAACUUGACAGUGAUAGUAAAGGACAAUGAGCCAACUGGUUUACAUCAAGACACGGCUUACAUUGAAGUUACCAUUGAAGACUACAAUGACAAUGCUCCGGAAUUUCAACCCAAGGUGAAAACAAUACGCCACAAAGAGAACCUACCUGAAGGAACGGUACUAUGGCAGUGCACGGCUACUGACAAAGAUGAUAAAAUGAAUGCCGAGUUUGAGUAUUCUAUUGACCGGCGCACAGAUGAAGGUCGGAGGUUUACUGUUAGCCAGAAUGGAGAAGUAAAAGUACGCAGAGGUUUUGAUGGGGAAACAUUAGACCGAGAGGGCUUAGCUGGACUUCCAGAGGAGAGAUACGAAGUUCAUAUACUAGCCAUAGAUAAAGGUUACCCACCACAGACUGGCACCGCUGUUCUCCGCAUCUUUGUGGAAGAUCUCAAUGACAACGCCCCACAGUUUGUAUUACCAUACCCACCAAUGGUGAUGGAGUUAGAAGCUCCACCCAAGUUUGUGAUAACAUUUAGCGCUGAGGACAAAGACACGCCCAAAUAUGGAGCUCCGUUCCAUUUCUCACUCCCACCUUGUGAAGAAAAUCCUACAUGUAAUAAUGGGGAUUUAGAAUUUACCAUGGAAUUUGAUCCCAAUGGUGACAAUGGCAGAGGUACCGGAACUAUCACAGCACAGAAAAUGUUUUUCCGAGACCAGCAGAAAUUCCAUUAUUUACCGAUCAUUAUGUCCGACAUGCGGGACAAGAAAAGUCCGGAAAGUAGAACGGCAACAAACACAAUGACUAUUGAGAUUGGUGACGAAAAUAAUCAUCCCCAUGGUACCGGACACAAAGAUAUUUUUGUAUACAAAUAUGACUUCAAAGGUGUGGUAGAUGACAUUACAAUAGGAAAUGUGUAUUCAGCUGACCUAGAUGACUGGGAUGUUGUAGACAAACAUUACUACUUUGUUGGACCACCAGCAAUGUCCAAAUAUUUCAGUGUUGAUUUUGACAAUGGGUUGAUCAGAAUGAACAAGCAUACUCCAGCAGGAGUACAUAAUUUCAAGGCAAAGGUUCAUGAUUUCCGUGUGUUUACAAAGAUCAAUGCUUCAGCUACAGUGAGGGUUAUAGUUGAGGAGAUCACAGAUGAAGCCAUCUUCAGUUCUGGUUCCAUCAGAUUUUCAGGUAUGACUGCUGAAGAGUUUGUUACACGUCCAGAUAAUGGUAAAAGUCCAUAUGACAAGUUCAAGACUGUGUUAGCAGACAAAUUACGUGUUCCCCUGAACAAUGUCGCAAUAUUCAGUGUGAUGAAUGUAGAGAACAAUAUGGUUGACAUUCGCUAUGCAGCACAUGGUUCACCUUACUACCCACCCAGUAAACUAGACAGCUUUGUCGCUCUGGACACAGAAGAGUUUGAACAAGCAACAGGAAUACAAAUUGCCAUGGUGAACAUUGACAUGUGUCUUAGAGAAACCUGUGAAUCAGGUGGCUGUACCAACAAGCUUGUCAUCGGGGACAAUCCUAACUACGUUAACGCUAACGGCACUUCAUUUAUUGGUGUAGCUACGAGUGUAGUGGCAGAAUGCCAGUGUGCAGCUACAGAUUUCUCAGCACCACCAGACUGUACACCUGGACACUGUCUCAAUGGAGGUCACUGUGUCAAAGAUAGUUGGGGGGACGUCAGAUGUGUCGAUUGUCCAAAUGGAUUUGAUGGCCCACGAUGUCAGAUGACCCGCCACAGUUUUGACGAAGGUUAUGCAUUAUUUUCUCCAUUUGCUCAGUGUGAGGAGAGUAUGACUAGCAUAGAAUUCCUUUCUAAGAAAGCAGAUGGUCUUAUCUUCUAUAACGGUCCUGUUGAUGAACUUGGGAGAGAUGAUGCACAAGAUUUCAUUGCUCUGUCGCUAAUGGAUGGGUACCCAGUGCUGCAACUUGAUCAUGGGUCAGGGACUGUGAUCUUGACCUUGGAUGGGCUUGACCUUAAAGGUGACAGACCACUACAGAAAUUGAACGAUGGGCGAUGGCAUCAUAUUGAUAUUAUGAGGAAAGGAAAGGAAGUGACAAUGAUAGUGGACCGCUGUGACAUGUUAGAUAUAGACCCUGCUACUGACAGGGUUAUAGAUCGCACACCGUGUCAGGUUAGCAGGAAGACACCGGGAGAGAACUUAUUCCUCAAUGUAAACACCAUGUUACAACUUGGAGGCAGAUAUAUACAACCAAGCAUACCAGCUGAUAUCACUGACACAAGAUUUGUAGGAUGUAUGAGAAACUUGAUUCAUAAUGGAGAGCUGUAUGAUUUAUACACUGGCCAGUAUUCAAAGGGAGAGAACCAUGUAAACGGCUGUCCAGAUGAGGAUAAUUUAUGUGGUAUAAACUCAGUCGAGGGCCCAAAGUGUGAUACACACGGCACGUGUGAGGUAACAAACCUGAUCAAUGGACAGUACAAGUGUACCUGUCAUACAGGGUAUAGAUCAACAGCAUCUAGCUCAAAUGACUGUAGUAAAGAGACAACAGUACGGGAUCUCAAAAUGAACAGUUUUAUGAGUUGGUCUCUCAAGUUUAACUUUAUGAACACAGAGAUAAAACCACGCACCACAGAUAUACAGAUGAAGUUCCGAACUAGAGAUCCAGAUGGCAUCCUGUUACACUUACCUUCAAAUAAUGAAGAGUUCAUCACUCUUGAGCUGGUUGGUGGACAUGUCCAAGUUCUAUACAACUUGGGCGGGGCCAAUGGAGAAUCUUCAAUCUCAUUGGCUGAGGCUCCAGCCAGUAAUGGCCAAUGGCAUACAGUUUACAUGAAGAGGAUUGGGAAAUGGUUUGAGUUAAAAAUGGAUAGUGGAGAGGGACGAUACAGGAACGAGACUUGGGGACCUGAGAAUGGACGGGAACUGAUUUCAAUAAGGAUGUACCAGAUCGUAACUGGUGCCCAUGUUGUAUUCACUAAAAAUCCCAUACCAGAUGGCCUUGAUUUGAAUAACACAUGUAUUACUGACAUUCGCCUUAACUCUAAAUGGUUUCCAAUGACAAAUUCUGAAAACGAGCUCAGUGAAGCAGCUACACUUGAGCUUGAAGAAGGUGUUGAAAAUGAUUGUCACAGAGACGACUGUAAAAAGGCUGAAUGUCCGGAAGGUGCUCCAUUCCCUAUGGUCUGUUUCCCACUCUGGGGUACAUAUGAAUGCAGAUGUCCUGCUGGAACAUACACAGAAGGUUAUAACUGUCUGCCCAUUGACUAUUGUACAAGAGACCAACCUUGUUUCACUGGAGCAAUAUGCAUCACCAAACCAUAUGACCAGAAUUUCACAUGUGUCUGUCCAUCAGGUUGGACAGGCAGAUUAUGUAAUAUACUGUCGGCCACAGACCCGGCUCAAGCAGGACUUACAACAGAAUUUAUCAUCAUCAUUGUCAUCUGUAUAUUUGCGAUCCCAACUGUGGCAUUAAUAGCAUUCCUGUUGAUGCGUUACAAGAGGAGAACAGAUCCUGAGAAAUACAUCCUGGACAUUGACCCAGAUGAUGACAUACGUGAAAAUGUGAUAAAUUACAACGAGGAAGGGGCAGGUGAAGAAGAUGAAGAUGGUUAUGACAUCACUAGGUUGAGGAAACCUGAUGAUGUUGAUACACUGGGUAGAUAUGACCCAUUGCAUGAGAGAUAUGGCAGGAGAGCUCCAGGUGAGAGACCUGAUGUUGGAGACUUCAUAGAACAACGACUAGGAGAUGCUGACGAGGACCCUAAUGCCCCGCCACAUGACGGUGUCCGAGAGUUUGUGUUUGAGGGUGGCGGAAGCGAGGCUGGUUCCCUGAGUUCACUACAAACAUCAUCAGGAUCCGAGGAUCAGGAUUACGAUUAUCUCAGUGACUGGGGACCGAAGUUUGCAAAACUUGCCAAUAUGUAUGGAGGUGACGAGGAGGAACACAUGUAUACAUAACAGAUCUCACAGAGUAUAUUUACAUUGUGAAACACUAACUAAAGUGAAUUUGUAUUGAAAAAUAUGUUCAGUGUUAUAAUGGAUCAAUGGUCUGUGACAUAUUUUUACAUAAACAGGACAGGAUAUACGUAAAUACAGGAGAGAUAGUCAGGCUUGUUAUUUCUACAUGACUGAAACGUUGUAAUCUGGAUGGAUUUUCAAGACCUGCCGUGUUAUUGUUGAUGUUAUUGAAAGUGUCUCAUAAUGCUCCACAAUAGUUUCAUGGUAUGACCAAAAGGAAUACCAGGUUGCUGUGGCCAAGGACUAAAAAUGAGGAACGUUUGUUAGCGCAAAUUAUGUAUGUGAUUAGGGGUAAUUUUGACAAAUUUUCUCUAGGUAACUGCAAAAAAGUUGGUGAAAAAGAUAAUAACCAACACUUUUCAAAACCCUAGGAAAUAUAAAUGGAAAGGUAAUAGUAGAUUUAUGUGCAGUAUUGAGAGGCUGUUGCCCUGUCUGCACAGUGAGAUUACAUUGUUAUAUUUAUACUUACAAAGGUUGUGAAAGGCUGACCGUCCCACUACUUUAGAGGCAUAAUACUUAAAAAAAAUAAUACUAAAUAGUUUACUGAAGUUAUAUUUACCGGUAGUUCUUAGCUUUAUAGUAAGAUGUAGAUAUGUAUUUAUUUACAAAAACUGUCUCAGUUACGACACAAGGUGGUUGUGUGACCAAAGAUGAAGUGUCAUUACAAUGGUAUUUCUACUUUGUUUCUUAGUUUUAUCCAGUUUUUUUGGUACUUGUGACGGGGAAAAGAAAGAAAAAGUGCUAAAGGUUUAAAGAGAAGAAAUGUUCAGGCACCUUUGUGCCAUGUUGUCAGUUGGAAGAUAGAUGUUUACAAGCAUUCCCAUAUGAGAUUAAAUUUUGUAAAUUGUGCAAAAAAAAAGUCUGUGUUUGUCUAGUAUAAUAUUGUCAUUGAAUCUUAUAUGUUGUAAAUUAUGUCUCAAAGAAGUUUAUCUUUUACUAGUUUAAAUCAUGAUAAACAUUUAAAAAUGAGUAAUUGCUGUUAAGGAGUAACUGCAACUGUCCUUGUGUAAGAAAUAAAUAGUGCAUGUUUGUUAUGAAUGUUUAGGUUGUGUACAAGUCACUGAUACAUGAGCCCAUAGAAAGGUCAAUGGAAAUGUUAAUUUGUGACGUACAGUCAUGUUUAUCAUAGAGUAUUUUUAUACAAGACAAUUGAAAAAACACAUUAUGUAUAUACCCAUUUAUUUUCUUCAAGUUGAAAAAUGAUUAAUUUAGAAUAGGGCAUUGAGGAAUGUUAGAACCAGAAUGAUGUAUCUAUACUACAGCUAUAUUCAUGUUGCAAACAGAAUGGUAUAUCUGUGUUUUGGCUCCAGUCAUGUUGCAAACAGAAUGGUAUAUCUGUGUUUUGGCUCCAGUCAUGUUACAAACAGAAUGAUGUUUCUAUACUACAGCUACAUUCAUGUUGCAAACAGAAUGGUAUAUCUGUGUUUCUGCUCCAGUCACGUUGCAAACAGAAUGGUAUAUCUGUGUUUUGGCUCCAGUCAUGUUACAAACAGAAUGAUGUUUUUAUACUACAGCUACAUUCAUGUUGCGAACAGAAUGGUAUAUCUGUGUUUUGGCUCCAGUCAUGUUCCAAACAGAAUGGUAUAUCUGUGUUUUGGCUCCAGUCAUGUUGCAAACAGAAUGGUAUAUCUGUGUUUUGGCUCCAGUCAUGUUACAAACAGAAUGAUGUUUCUAAACUACAGCUACAUUCAUGUUGCAAACAGAAUGGUAUAUCUGUGUUUCUGCUCCAGUCACGUUGCAAACAGAAUGGUAUAUCUGUGUUUUGGCUCCAGUCAUGUUACAAACAGAAUGAUGUUUCUAUACUCCAGCUACAUUCAUGUUACAAACAGAAUGGUAUAUCUGUGUUUUGGCUCCAGUCAUGUUACAAACAGAAUGAUGUUUCUAUACUACAGCUACAUUCAUGUUACAAACAGAAUGGUAUAUCUGUGUUUUGGCUCCAGUCAUGUUACAGACAGAAUGAUGUUUCUAUACUACAGCUACAUUCAUAUUGCAAACAGAAUGGUAUAUCUGUGUUUUGGCUCCAGUCAUGUUGCAAACAGAAUGGUAUAUCUGUGUUUUGGCUCCAGUCAUGUUACAAACAGAAUGAUGUUUCUAUACUACAGCUACAUUCAUGUUGCAAACAGAAUGGUAUAUCUGUGUUUCUGCUCCAGUCACGUUGCAAACAGAAUGGUAUAUCUGUGUUUUGGCUCCAGUCAUGUUACAAACAGAAUGAUGUUUCUAUACUACAGCUACAUUCAUGUUACAAACAGAAUGGUAUAUCUGUGUUUUGGCUCCAGUCAUGUUAUAAACUUGCAACUAGAAUCACUAGAAUGCAAAAAGAAUAAGACUUACUUUGGAUCACAUUAAUUGAACAAAUGCUAAAGAAGAUCUUUCUUGAGGGUCUGUUCUGUAGUCCAACAGCUUGAACAUGUCUCAGAAUAUAUAAGUUGCUCAAGUUAAUUCUGUAGUUCAGUUCAGACAAAUUGAAGAAUACAUAAACCAGAUAUAGCUUGCAUGUAUUUAAGCUUAUUCAUAGUCACCAACAGUAACCCAUAUUGGUGACUCUCGCAAAAGAUUGUUAGUAAUUGUAGUGCAAGGUACAGAACAUGCUCUAAUUCAUCACUCUUCACUGGUUCUGUAGUGUGCUAGGUGUAAAUCACCCAAUGUGAAUGUUAGUACAUGUAGUUUUAUGGUUAGAGGAAUCGGGACUCCAACAAACUGGUUCUAACCUCUUCCUGUAAUCAUUUGUGGUUUGAAGAUAUGUAAUGCAUGAAUAGCUCAAUCCACACACAUGUCAGUAGUUAAUAUGUGUUACUAGUAUAUGUUCCUAUAGGAACCAUUGUAACCCUGCCAGCACAUUAGUUUUUUUUCCAUUCAUUGUUCUAAUUUUAUCAGGACCAAUGUAUCUUUUUAUAGAUGAAAGACAUAGUUUAUGAUGAUUUAUUUUUGCAAUAUCGCUAUCCCACCAAGUCUUACUGUAAAACCAUUAUGCAUUCACAAAAGUAUAAACAUGCAUAUCUUCAUUGCCUACUGUAAGUGAAUGUUCAUAUGUUGUUUUUCAGUAUUGUGAGUAAACAGAUUUACACAUACAGCUUGUGUUCAUUUUUGAGUAAUAUACAUAUAAUAUACAUUAAUUUACUUUUAAGCCUGAUCACUGUAGUAUUACUACUUGAUUUACUAAAUUUAAAAAAAAGAGAGAGAGAGAAACUUGUAACUUAUGAAAUUGAAGUAUCGUGUUUACUAGGCAACGUAUUUUUGAAUUUUUUUGUUGGGUUUUUCAGAAGAAGUUAGGAGGCUAGAGUACAAUACAAGCUGAAAUAUAUUUUAGUGAAAAUUUAGUAAAAUUUGAUGUAAGAAAAAUAGACAUAUUUUGCUUUGGCUACAUUUUAAAAAAGCUUUAAUCUCGGACAUAAUCAGUUUGAUAUAUUGUUGUGAAAUUCAUGUCUGUUGUUUACUUAUUUUAGAUACGUAAAAGUGCUUUUUGUAAACAUUUUUGUCAAUGAAAACAGUUUUAUUUUUCUGUUUUAUGUUAAAACAAAAUAUCCAUUGACAUACAAAAUAAUAAAGAAAACUAUCGUUUUGUAACUUGGACUUGAUGUCAUUUGGUUGUAGUAAUAGAUAUUUGUUUCUUAGUUUCCUUAUAAAUUAUCUUUUUCCAAGGUUGUGUUAUUUAUAUUACUACAUUGUUGUCCCUUUAUUUUUAUUGUGUCACAAUUGAUCAGUAUUAUUAAGUUAAUUUUGUCUUAAUUUGAUUACCCAACACCUUGAUUAUUUUGUCAAUUACGUUUCCUGUUACACAUUGUACAUGUAAAUUUUUGUAUGUUUAAUUUUAUUACAUGUAUAUACAAUUCCUGGCUGGUACCAACUGUAUAUCCAUUGUAGUUCUUAUUUUUUUUACAAUGACCAACCUGUCUACUAGGAAUACACUGCAGUUUGCAGAUUCUCACCUGGUUUACAGUCUGUCGGGGGUUAUAGUUUCUUUGCAAUACGAGCAUUUCAUUCAUGUCAGCUGCACUUUUUGAAAGUUCAUUUUCCGGUCGACCAUUCGAAAUUUUUCAAAUAGAGGAGCUUCUGCUGUCACACUUUCAUUGAAACAUACCUGACCAAAUGUAUUCAAUCUCUACACACAUCUUUUGCAUCAUGAGUUUGCCACAGAUGGUAAGUUUCAUAAGUAUGGCUAAGAUUUUGGCAAAAUUAUGCCUCUUUUUAACAUAGAAAUUUUUGGUGAAAGUUUUGCAUGUCAGCAGGUUUCUCUAUUGUAAUGAAUGAUUUCAAACUCUUCAUAAUGUUAUCAACAUCCUGACAUGUACAUCUUAAACCAGGUUCUAUUUCUCUGACUUAAAAAUUUACAAAGUCUUGCUCUGUCUCAACUUAGACAGGUAAAGCUAUUGUAUGUAAGUUGCAAAAGUUUCACAUGCUGUCAUUAUAUAUGGACAGCUCUUGUUCUGUAAAUAUGUCGGAACAAGAUUUUUAUCUGGAAGAAUCACCAUAUCCAUGAUAUAGUUCAUAGUAAUUAUUAUAUUCAGAAAAAAUUCAAUCUUUAUGAUUUUAUUUAAGUUUAAAAAUUAUGUUUGUCUUGCAUUUUUUUGUCAGUCAUGCUUUCAUUAUUGUCAUUUUCAAAAGUUUAUACUUCAUGAAAACUUCUAUUAUCUGUAUUGGUCAGUGUGGUUAGCAAACAGUGUUGGUUGCAGUUUGAAACAGGUUUUGCAUAUUUGUAUUUAUUAUGUGAAGUUUCAUUUUUCCUGAUAUUUAUUAUGCUAGUUAACGUUGUGUUAUACAAAUUUUAUUGAAGUUGCAAUGCGAGAAAAUUAUUUAUAGCCGCUUCUGUAAAAAGCAUUUGACUUUUUUAGUAUAUAUUAAUAUUACUGUUUGAUUCAACAAUUCUAUAACAGUUAUCUUUUGUUUUUUUGUUGGUUUUUCUCUGUGUUUUUUGCAAGAACUAAACUAAUCUUUUUACAUGUUUUUGGAGUAAGUAGUAGAAAAUUUUAGAGUUUUGAAAGAUAUUUUUAGUUGUUCCAAUGUUAUGGGGAAAAACAUUUGAUGAUUUCAUAGUGAAUCCACAUGUAAAAUCUUGGUAAAUAAAAUUAAAAAGAAAAAAAACUAAAAAAUGUUAAAAGCAUAAAAAAAGUGAACAAAAAUUAGAAUUGCUUCAUUAUUAAAGAAACAAAUGGUUUCCAAAAUAGCUGAAAUUUAGAAAAUACGACAAAAUUAAAAUUCAGAACUAGUUAAUCAUUAAAAUAAAUUUUGAAAAUUGAAAUGUUCCAGUUACUGUAAAACUAUUUUUAAUGACUUGUACAAUUAAUAUUUUCAGCAUUCUGAAACAAGUUGACCAAUACCAUGUAUGGAAUUAGGGAAUGCAAUGUUCAUCGAUUUCAUUUAGCUAAUUAUUUCUUCUUCAAGAAUUGUUUUGUGUACAUGCUUGUUUUUCAUUCAGGGUAAAAUUUUGGGUUCAGAUAUUUGUCUAGUCUGUACUGUAAUCUUCCCAGUCUGGUUAUGGACAGAUGUUGCCUCAUGUAGAAAAUCAAAAAUGUUUGUAACUCUUUAUUGAAACAUGUUAUUGAUAGUGUGUGACUAGUCUCGUGAUGAAUGAAUGCUGGAAAAUCAUGUAAACAUUCAGUGGAUGAUAACGUGACAAACUAAUCUUGUCAACAGUCGAAAUGAACUGUGCCAUGUCAGAAAAUGAGUUUACCAUACAGUGGCAUUUGAAAAUGUACUUAUGUAAUUGUGGUGAGGUGAUGUUGUUUACCUCAAUAUGGAGAGUACUCAUCAGUGGACCAUGAAGUCCCAAGUUUGAUGUCUGGUGAGGCUUGUUUUCUCAGUGAUGAUUUGAUACAGGACAUUGUUUCUGAAAUCUUUUGUCGUACACCUCUGAUUCAUGUGGAAGAGUUUGUGGACAACAGGCUAGCAGUGCAAUAAUAUGCAAGAAUAUUGGUUAGAUUAACUUCCUGUCGUUGCAUGACUGAAAUAUUGGUGUAAAAUGGUUCCUCCAGCAUAAAACAAAUGAUGUUGUGGGGCUUGUUUUGCAAAAGCUAUUAAGUUUAAUCCUAUGUUGUCAUCCAAGAUGAUGUUCAUGUGAAAAACAGUUUUUAGUGAUUAUAAUUUUUUUUCCCAAAACUUUCACUGUU